GGCAGAGCGCGACUGCAGCUCCAUUCCCCCCGGGCCGCCCCACACCCGGGGCAGGGCACCGCCCGCCCCACCUGCCUCGCCGUCGAGCCCGAGAAGGGGUUAAAAGCCUGGGGCGGGUGAUGUCAGUUCCUGCGCUCCUCGGGAGGGCUGGCUCUGAUAUUUGAGCCGGGCUCUCCCGCUCGAAGGAAAACGGAGCGGGGAUGGUAAAGUGCUGAAUGGGACAGAAGCUGCGCCGGGCACCUGCCUGCUACCCGGCACCGCGCAGCCGCCCGCGGCCAGGGCCGGUACCACCGCUCUCCCUGCGGCCGCGCGGGCUGUGGAGCCCCCGGACGCCGCCGGCUGCGCCUGUCACUGUCCCGCUCCGCUGGGGGGAGACCCCCGAGCCGGCCAAGGAUUUUUAGAGCCCCUCGGACGACAUCCCAAAUGGAUGAUUAACUUCACAAUGGCAGAACUCACAGUGGAGAAUGGCAGCUGUAUGGACUGGCAAAAGCGAUGCCUUAUAUUGGAGUCCCAGCUCUUCAAAUUCCGCUUGCAGGCAAGCAAGAUCCGAGAGCUGCUAGCUGAGAAGAUGCAGGAAUUGGAACAGAGAGUGAUAGAAGCAGAGCAAAGAGCUGAGGAUGCAGAGAAACAGGUCAGAGUUAUGGAAGAGAAGAUGACACUAGCUAACGUGAAGACCAGAGAAUCAGACAGCACUCUGCACAGGAAAUACCAGGAGCUGAUGGGCACAGUGCAAGGAAAGGAAGAUCUGAUCAACAGAUUGGAGACACAGCUGGCAAAACAGAAACAGUUGAGAACUGAGGAAGCCAAAAUUGUUCAAGAGAAAGCUGCCAAGAUCAAAGAAUGGGUAACAUUUAAGCUGGGAGAGCUUGAGCUAGAAAAUUACCACCUGAGAAACUGUAAUCAGAGGCUGACAGAGCAAAUUGAAGCCCUUCAGGAUACAUUGCAAGAUAUGACCAGCAUUCCUCCCUUUGAGUCUCUUUGGAGCUGUAAUUCUCUGAAGCCCAGAGCAUCACAGACCUCUCUUGCUGAGAAGAUAGACCAGAAAUCUGUGCUCCUUACACCUGGUUUCAGACAGAUGUGUCAGACAGGACACAGCAAACGUGUCCUCUCUACAGCAAAUAUAGUUCUUGCCAAUGACACCUUUACUGAGGAUGGAGAGGAUAAAUCUCUGCAUUCCCAGAGCACACUGAAGCUCGUGUCAGACCCAUUAAGCUGGAAUCUCUCCACAGAGAAAGAUGUAUUUACAACUGUAAGUGCUGAACACAGGUUAGGGUGCUCUGAUCCCACAUCGCUGGGCCCUCCAGCUGAGGCCACAAGAAUCCUAGAGGCUUUGACUUACCAGUCAUCUUUGGAAGGAAACUAUAGCGCUGUGAGAACCUUGCAACAAGUGGCUUUGGACAGCACCCGCUUCUCUGAUGAUCUGAGUGCCAGGUUCCGCUCCCACCGGCUGGACUCCUCCUCCUCAGGAGAAAUAAGGAGCAUGCUUGAGGGCCAUCUCCAAACUGCAGAGCCACCUCUGGUUGUGUCAACAUCAGCUGUUACAGCGCAUUCCCUCUGUCCAGCAAGGGAAUGCCACCUAGGCAGUAGUAUGACCUUUCCAAAAAUACGAACUCCCAAUACACCAAGAGACAGUAUCCAACUAGCCAAGAGGCAUUACAGCCAGCCACAGCCAGGGGCUAAUUCUUUCCAUCGUGUAAUGAGCUUAGAGGCCAGUGCCUUCCAGCCCAUCGUAAACUCUCCAGUGUGCCAUGGACAAGUGAAGGAGACAGGCAUUGAUGAUGAGGAUGAUGAUAGGGUACUGGAGGAAAUGGAGACAGAACGUGGCCCAGUGAGGGAAGAAGCUGGAGUGUGUGAGGAAAUGAACCACUUAUCUGCAGGGCAAAGCGAAGCUGUGAGUUCCGAGGCUGGCAUACUUGACCCAGGAGGCAAACCUCCCACACCACCACUGCACAGAUUCCCAUCAUGGGAGAGUCGAAUCUAUGCUGUGGCCAAGUCUGGCAUGAGGUUAUCUGAAGUGGCCACGGUGAAUGAUACUUCCAGCUGCUUUUCCAAUUUCUCGUGUUCAGCUUCUGGGCCAUUUACCUGUCUCAUCUACAGAAAUGUCACAGUGCCAGUCUACACUACGCUGAAAGGGAAAGCCGUGCAGAUCAGCAACGUGCCUUUCUUAGAUGAGUCUUCAGGUUCUGAUGAUGACUGUGGCUCCCAUGCCAGCUUCAGGACUUCUACUGCUGGAUCUGAGAACAGGAAAGCUAGUGUGCCAGGCAGCCCUCGAGCAGUGAAGAGAGGUGUAUCUAUGUCCUCACUGAGCUCUGAGAGUGACUAUGCCAUUCCUCCUGAUGCCUGCUCCUUGGAUGGAGACUAUUCAGAGCCAGAACAUAAGCUACAGCGAACAUCUUCCUAUUCCACCGAUGGUGGAAUCUGCACUGAACCCAUGGAAAAAUCUGGUUACUUGCUGAAAAUGGGAAGCCAGGUGAAGAUGUGGAAGAGACGAUGGUUUGUUCUAAGAAACAGACAAAUCAUGUACUACAAGUCUCCGAGUGAUGUUAUCCGCAAACCACAAGGGCAAAUGGAGCUGAAUUCCUCAUGCCAAAUUGUCAGAGGUGAAGGGUCCCAAACAUUCCAGCUCAUGACAGAAAAGAGAACCUACUUCCUGACAGCAGACUCUCCCAAUAUCCUGGAGGAGUGGAUUCAUGUCCUACAGAGUAUCCUCAGAGUGCAAGUGACCAGUCCUGUUGGUGUUCCUCAUGGUGAUGCUAAACCCAUUGUGAAAGGUUGGCUUACCAAGGUCAAGCAUGGUCACUCUAAGCUGGUCUGGUGUGCACUGAUUGGAAAAACUUUUUACUACUAUCGAAAUCAUGAAGACAAGUGUCCCCUAGGGCAUCUGCCUAUGCGUGAGUCCAAAGUGGAAGAAGUAGACCGUUCCUGUGACUCUGAUGAAGAUUAUGAAGCCACUGGUGGAGGACUUCUCUCAUCCCACUGUACGUUGGUGAUUCACCCACAGGACCAGAGUCCCACAUACUUACUCAUUCGCACCAAACAGGAGAAGAAUACCUGGCUGUACCAUCUGACUGUAGCAGCUGGUAGCAGUAAUGCCACAGUGGGCACAUCAUAUGAACAACUCAUUGGAAAACUACUGGACGCAGAGGGAGACCCUAAUUCUCCUCUGUGGAAACAUCCUAUGUUGUGCUACAGUAAAGAUGGGUUGCAGACAUCCCUCACCACUCUGCCUUCAGAGGCUCUACAGACUGAAGCUCUGAAACUUUUUAAGUCCUGUCAGCUGUUCAUCAAUGUCCCUGUGGAGGCACCCUCUAUUGAUUACCAUGUGUCACUCGCCCAGACAGCACUGCAGGUCUGCUUGACACAUACUGAGCUGCAGAAUGAAAUUUACUGUCAGCUUGUUAAACAGACCAGCUGCCGACAACCCCAGAACCACUCAGUCAUUCAGUGUUGGCAGCUCCUGGCUUUGUGUGCUCCUCUGUUCCUACCUCAACAUCACUUCCUCUGGUACAUCAAACAGCACUUGCAGCGACAUGCAGACCCCAGGAGUGAAAUAGGCAAGUAUGCCAUCUACUGCCAGAGAUCAGUAGACCGCACUCUGCAGACUGGUGAGCGGGAAGCCAAGCCCUCCCGGAUGGAGAUUGUGUCCAUCCUGCUGAGAAAUCCCUACCACCACUCACUCCCCUUCAGCAUCCCAGUGCACUUCAUGAACGGAACCUACCAGGUUGUAGGUUUUGAUGGUUCCUCAACAGUUGAUGAAUUCAUCCAGCGACUGAACCAGGAAACAGGAAUGAGGAAACCAUCCCACAUGGGAUUUUCUCUGUUCACAGAUGAUCCUUCUGGCAGAAAUUUGGAACAUUGUCUGCAGGGUAACAUGAAGAUCUGUGAUGUAAUUUCUAAAUGGGAACAAGCCUUAAAAGAAUUGCAUCCCGGGAAAUAUGAAGGUGGCACGAGAAUUGUGAAGUUGACCUAUAAGAACAGGCUAUAUUUUCGGAGCCAGGCCAAAGGUGAGACAGACCGUGAGCGGUUGCUACUGGCCUUCCAAGUCAGCAAUGAAAUAGCCAAUGGAAGGUUUCCUGUUAAUAAGGAAUUAGCUCUGGAAAUGGUGGCUCUGAUGGCUCAGGUGGAAUAUGGGGACUUGGAUCGACCAGGAUCUUCAAGUCCUGGGGGAACAUCACAGUCAAAAAUGCAGCACCUUCUCCAGCAGGUCUUAGAUAAAUUCUACCCAAAACACUACAAGCAAAACAUUACUUCGGAACAGCUCAGGCAACUGACUGACAAGUUGGCGACAAAGUGGAUGGUGCUGCAGGGAUGCUCUCCACCAGAAUGCAUUCGAAUUUAUUUGACAGUGGCCCGGAAAUGGCCUCUCUUUGGAACCAAAAUAUUUGCUGCUAAGCCUAUUUUGCCUUCCUCAUUGGAAGACUCUCCAGUCUGGAUAGCUGUGAACGAAGAUGGUAUCAGCAUACUGGAUUAUAACACUAUGCACUUGAAGGUUUCUUACUCGUACUCCUCUGUGCUGACCUUUGGAGGCUGUCGAGAUGACUUCAUGAUUGUAGUCAGUCAAAUGAAAGAAAGGAGUUCUGGAAAAAACAGUACUGAAAAGCUCCUUUUCACAAUGGCAAUUCCAAAGAUUGUUGAAGCAACACUUCUUAUUGCCAGCUAUAUUAACUGCUGUUCAUCACCUUCACUCCUAUCUUCUACACAGCCCUCCCGAAGCAAAACACCUGCCAACAAGCUCUGGGAGACUGAAAAUAGGUGCUUGCUUCCUUCUAUGCCCCGAAGCACUAAGGGGCCCACCCUGCUCUGAGGGCUCAUUCCAAAUUACUUUGGGGCUUUUUUGUUUGUUUGGAUUUUUGUUUUGUUUGUUUUUUUUCCCACUGCUGUGUACCAAAUAGCAGACUGCUACGAUUUUGCUGGUUACACACAUUAAUUUAAUGUGGGCUCUGAUUCUUUUUCCAUAAUAAUAGACAAAGUUCCUUGGUGUGGGUAGAGAGAGUGUCUUCUUAAAAAAAAUAUUGAAUUAGGGGACUGUGCAGGAGUUUCCUUUCCAUGCCACACUCCAUCCAAAAUACCAUGCCUCAGGUAACUUGCCUGCACGGUGCUCCAGUUACUUCCUUGCACCCAUUCUUCUUCCGUCUCCUGAUCUUACUGCUUUGCUUACAAGCACAUGAUUGUGCGCUUUGAUGACUGCCAUUUUCAGCUUCCAGAGGACAAGAACUUACCAAUUCCUUGCUCCAGAUGUGAAAGGAAGGAAGAAAGAAAGAAAGAAAGAAAGAAGACACUGUUGAGAAGGAAGAGGAACUAAACUGAAUAAUUAUGAUGCAAGUCAAGGGUAAUUUCAGACCUGACAUAGGGAGUAUAAAGUAAGAGUUCAGUGGUACUCAAGAAUUUAUUUUCAACUUUAAAUAAGGGUGGAAACCUACUGGGUUUGCAUGUUAAGGACUCAGACUGACUGGGACUGGAACAGUGUCAGAUGAUGCCCUAGCUCCUAUAGAACUGAUGCAUUUUGGGAGUUGAUGCUGUUCUACACAGUAGAUGAACAUUAGAUCUCUGCUGCAGGGCUGAAUGUGUCACGUGCUCCACCGUCAGACAAGCACUUUCAAAGACUCUUUCUGUAAUCACUGCUGUAGAUGUUUCAGGGUGUGUUUGAAACUGCACAUCAUCUCAGACAAAGGAAGACAAGGCAAGCAAAUUUUGUACUUUUUCUGUCUUUCAGCAACUGGAACAGAUCUUUCCAAAUCAGCUCUGCCAUUCUGACUUGACAGAAGCUGCUCCUUUCAAACUCCUGCUUCCUUCAUGCUACCCUAGCAAGGAGGAGGUAGUCAGCAAAUGUGUACUCAAGUAGUGUUCUUCUGCCUUUCCUAAAGAUUUUUUUUUCAAUUCUUCUUGAAAAUAUCUAUGUCUACCUGGCUGGAGUUCAGCUAUUUUGAUAAGCAUUCCAACAUAAUUGCACUUUCAAAAGUACCAUGUGCAACUUCAUGGUAAUUACGCAUUCAUGGGCAACUUUCCCAAAUUAAAACAGCGUGAAUCCAACCAUUAGAAAGAAUUCAGCAAUAGCAAACUAAAGCUAUUCGCAAAUGAACCAACCAACCAUACCAGCUUUUUCACUCCCUUGCAUCUGCCUUGAAACAUCCAACUAGUGCACACAGCAGAGCUGGUAAUUCAUGAGGUUUUUUUUUCAUGCCUAUGAUGGGUGCAAAGCUACAAAUUAAAAGAGCAUUGGACAGACAAAAGUAAUUCUAAGCUAUUCCGUAUCAGCAUCUUUGUAACAUAAAAAAAAACCCUAAAACCCCCACAAAAAACCCCAAACCACCCCAUGGCGGGUUGUGGAAACAAUAUGGCAGGAAAGGAUUGUAUGAACACACAAACCUGAUUUACAUAUACUGUCAUGUAUUCACUUUUUAUGAAUUUGAGGAGCAUCCCUUGAAGUUCUGGAAAAGGGUAGAAGCUUUCUGAGCCAAAAACGAUUUUGAGAAGGUAUUUAGUCUUUUUUUUUUUUUUUUACUUAGAUACUUUUAAGUGACUGUAUAUCCUGAUAGACUGUGCACGUAUUUCCUCUCUCACACACACACAUCAGUUUGACUAGAGAGAGAAUUAUUCUUCCUCCCUCAAUCACCUGUGCCUGACAAUCCCUCCUCUACCUGAAGGUCUGUUGACAGCCUGCUGCUUGUAUCCCACCAGUAACAAAGCUGCUUCACCAUAAGCUGUGCUGCCAUCAGUGCUGGGGAUGCUCAAGGCAUAAACAUCUCCAGCUCACAGUUCAGAGCCUGUACGUGCCUUACAGCGCUAACACUACUGUCCUUAGAGACUUAUACUGGGGCCAACAGGAUGUUGAAUAAGCAAGCGCUGUCAUGAAGCUCAGUAUUUUCUGCCAUAACUGCACUUUAAAUAGAUAAGUGUGACAUACAGAACUUUUUUCCUUAUUUCUUAAAAAUAUUCACCAAUACUUGAGUAUUUCAGGGACCACCCCACUUGGAUGGAUGCACAUACAACCCUAACUAUUCUAUGAUUUAUAGCUCACCUGAUUUCAACCAACCAAUCCUCUAUAGAUACCUAUUUUGUAUGAUUCUUUGGUAGAGAAAACUAUUUCUAUUUUAAUCAAUGCUUUUGGCAAUGACUAUUGCUGCAGCAUAGAAUGAGAUGACAAAAGCCUUUGUUUUCCUAACUGCUGUGUGUCUGUAAAAGGCUGUCUGGGAGAUACUGUGAGAUUUCUGAUUGUUCUUAAUAAAAUGCAGUUAUCAUGAA